GAGCAUGUUGCUCGUCCGGUAGCGAUUUUGGAAGGAUUCUCAAAGCGUGUUGAUUCUACUGACUUUUUCUGCAAUUAUUGAGUAAACUAAAACUACUGCCAUCGAGUCAGAUGGCACAGGCGGAAGUCAAAGACUGUCCGUCUCAACAAGAGGGUUUAGAUGGAUCUCCAAAAAAGGUUUCGAAGCGGAUCCCAACGAGCCCUUCCCAGCAAACUCAUGCAUCAUGGCUUGUAGGAGACGUUGUUUGGUCCAAAAUUCCCGGCCAUCCGUGGUGGCCUUCCAUGGUCGCUUACGAUCCCAAUAGCGCUGUGUAUUUUCAGUUUAAGGGCCGAGCAAGAUACUAUCAUGUACAGUUUUUUGGACAAGACCCUGUGCGAGGAUGGGCGUCCGAAAGAUCGGUCAUCAAGUUCGAAGGAAGAGAACAUUUUGAAGCAUCUAUUCAAAGCAAGAAUCAUAGAGUGACCCCUAAACGACUUCCUCUUUGGGAGACAGCAGUGAGAGUUGCUGAAAAGGCUCUACCGAUGAAUCGUCAUGAAAGACAGUUAUGUUUCACAUUUAAAUAUAAUGACACACUAAAACAAAAGGAUCACGCAGUUCAAAAAGUUAAAGGUAUGAAUGGAAUAAACCAAACUAUUGAUCAAACAUUGCCUAAAAAGCAAGGGGAAUCGACAAGCACCACAUCAGAUAGCGUCAAUGGUACUAAUUCAGAUGAAUUGGAACAAGAAAAGAUAGACUUGGAAGAAAACAAUACGUUAGCAAAGAUACCUAAAGUAAAAAUACCUAAGAAACGAAAACGAAAAAUCCCUGAUGUGGACAUCAGUCUACCUAGCAGUUCAAUACCUUCUCCCAUUGACAGUUCUAUAGAUAGUAAACCAAGUGGUUCAAGGAUUACUAAGAGAAUAAGGAAGCCAAAGAUUAAAGAUUAUCCUAUUGCCAAAGCUUCCUCUCCACAAUCACCUUUACAAAAUGGAGACCUACCUCAGUCACCUGUCUGUGGGAACGUUUCUCCAACUUCAGGUCUACGGCUUAAGAUAAUCAAAGUUAAAUCUCCUGUAAACAACGAUAAAGUAAAGCGCAAGCGAGGUAGGCCUCCUAAAGAAAAAGAAACUUUUAUAGUUGUAAAUGGGUUAGAGAAGCCUGAAAAGGAGCCUGAAGCUUCAACAUCUCCUUUAGUCAGUGAGAGAGUAUCACCAGAAGUUGUCAUUAGCAACAACAAGCCUGACGUGUCAAGCACCAGUUCAUCAGGGUCUGAAGAGAAGCAGAAGAAAAGAAAAAGAAGGAAGUUGGAAGAUAGUUUUGUUGCCAAUGAGAAGACUAAAGUAGAAGAAGAAAAGCCUAAAGUAAAAAGAAAAUAUGUAAGAAAGAACAAAGGAGAGAAGAGUGGUGAGGACAAAGACUCCUCAAAAACUGUGGAGGAGAAUAAGUUGAAUGAAGUGUCCAGUUCAGUAGAUAUUAUCGAAGAAAGAAAUCCUGAAAAACCACAAGAGUCUCUUUUAACUGGAGUUCCGGAUGUUGAGGAAAGUAUUGUUUCAAGCAAUGAUGAUGAUACAGGAAGUUCUAAAGGUUYAACAUUGACGAAAAAAGAAAGAGCAGAAAAGGAAAAGGAAGCAGUUUGUGUUGUCUGUGAGCAAGUCAAUGACCUGAUAUUUUGUGAAGGAGGUUGUAAUAAUGCCUAUCAUAUUGACUGUAUUGGUCUUAGUUCUGUACCUAAAGAAAAAUUCAUCUGUGAUGAAUGUACCUCUGGGAUACACUCAUGUUUUGUGUGUAGACAAACUGGAGAUGUCAAACAAUGUAAUCAGCCGAUGUGUUCUAAGUAUUACCAUUUGGAGUGUCUAAAAACAUACAACUGUACAAAGAUUGACGGAGAUCGCCUUUACUGUCCUCUACACUCUUGUGUUACAUGUGUUGUAAACAAAAUGCCACAAAGCCGAGGUCGCCUCAUACGUUGUGUUCGGUGUCCCACUGCAUAUCAUUUAUCUGGCUGCCUUGUUGCAGGGUGUAUGCCAAUUACCUCUCAUUUAAUGGUUUGUGCAAAACACUUUAUGCCCAAUAAGAACAAAGCACACCAUUCACAUGUCAAUGUCAAUUGGUGCUUUGUAUGUUCUAUUGGUGGCACUCUUAUCUGCUGCGAAAGCUGUCCUGCAGCAUUCCAUCCCGAGUGUAUCAGCUAUGAAGGCAUCCCUGAAGGACACUUCUUUUGCAAGGAUUGCACUGACAACAAGGCAUUGCUUUAUGGUGACAUAGUGUGGGUCAAGCUAGGAAUGUACAGAUGGUGGCCAGCACAGAUCUGUAACCCUCGUGAGGUACCAACCAACAUCCAGAAUAAACGUCAUCAACCAGGAGAAUUCCCAGUGAUGUUUCUUGGCUCUCAUGAUUACUACUGGAUUCACAAAGGAAGGGUUUUCAGUUACCAAGAUGGUGACAAGGGAACAGAGUCAAGUGCUAACAAAUACCUUGCUAAGGUCUUCAAGAAAGCACUCGUUGAGGCGAAGGAGAAGUAUGCCGAAUGGAAGACAGCCAGAGAAAACAAGGCUGAGCAAGACUUACAAAAACUGUCCAAGAAACCUGCCCCAUUCAAACAUGUCAAGGUAAAUAAGUGUACAACAGCACAGCGUAUCCUAAUAGACCUCAACGAGAUGCCGACAUGUGAGUGUUCUGCUGCACAGAACACAUUCUGUGGGCCUGAAUCCAACUGUCUGAACCGCAUGCUUCAAUUUGAAUGCACUCAGAAAUGUCCAGCUGGUGAGAAAUGUGAAAAUCAACGCUUCACUAAACGGGAAUAUGCAGAAGUUGAACCUUUCAGAGCAAAGAGUAGAGGAUGGGGAUUGAGAACUAAACAAGACAUAAAAAAGGGCUCCUUUGUGAUAGAGUAUGUUGGUGAACUGAUUGAUGAAAGUACUUGCCUUGAACGGGUCAAAAAGGGAGACGACGACACAAACUAUUACAUGUUAACUAUCGACAAGGACUGCAUCAUAGAUGCUGGACCAAUGGGGAACCUCUCCCGGUUUAUGAAUCACAGUUGUGAUCCAAACAGUGAAACUCAGAAAUGGACUGUUAAUGGCGACGUCCGUGUAGGGUUGUUCGCCACAAGAGAUAUUGAAACAGGAGAGGAAGUGACCUUCGAUUACAGGCUUGACUGUAGAGGCAAUGAGAAAAAGAAAUGUCACUGUGGGUCAGGAAACUGUAGUGGUUUCCUUGGGGUCAGACCUAAGACACAGAAUGCACAGAUGAUGGAAGAUAGGAUAAAGAAGGCUGCCGCCAAGAAGAAAAAGAGACAAAAAAAAACUGUUGUCAAAGAAGUGCACGAAGAUGAAUGCUUUAUCUGUGGAGAUGGAGGGCAGCUGAUCAUGUGCGACAAGAAUGGCUGUGCAAAGUGCUACCAUGUCAACUGUCUUGAGCUUGCAAAGAAACCACAUGGCAGAUGGCUUUGUCCUUGGCAUUUCUGCGAUGUCUGUGGUAAGAGAGCCACUAUCAUGUGCAAUGAGUGUCCAAAUUCAUUUUGCAAACCUCAUGCGGAAGGCCAGGUCACCUGCAUCACUGAUGGACAGUACCUAUGCGAGGAACAUAAUCUCUCUGACACCCCAAAAGAAGAUUCAAAACCCAAAAUGGAGACAGUUAAUUCAUUAGUUUUUGAGGAAGAUCUCCCAGAUGAAUUACCAGAGUUUACAUCUAUUCAUCUACAAGAUCUUCCUCAGCCUUUACAGGACUUUGAACAACUUAGCUAAGUAGAUUAUCCAUGCAGAUUUCAAACCUGUAUAUAUCUUUAGGCAUUUUAUAGAUAGCAUUGUCAUUCUUAACCAAAAAGUUUGUCAUGUGAGCUUUGUUUUGAUGUUUCAUUCUUAUUUGUAUUACCAUAUCCUAGUCCAGUCAUCAAAGUCUUAAUUUAUGAUUCGAUAUAUUGAAGGCUUUUAAAGUCUGCUACUGUAUUUUACAUAUUCUUAGAAUAGUCUUUUAAUUAAUCAUGUAGAAUGUCAGAGAAAUAAACCUCUACCUUGAAUGUAAUGCUAUCCUAUUUCAGACCAUGUGUCACUCCCUAGAGUACCAUUCGUUUGUUUGAAGAUGAAUGUAUAUAUCAACUGAAACAAAGCAUUUUAUGCUCCAGAGAAUGACACAUGGUCUAAACUGGGAAAGCAUUGUGACCAAGUUGAAUAGACCCCUGGCACUGAAUCCCAAGAGGAAUUGUUCUUGGGGACAAAACAAUGAUCAGUCACACUGUUUCUUUGCUGUUAUAUGACCAACCUUUAAUUUGAUGCAAUUUUUUAACUUACUUGAAGAAUCUACCCUUAUCUUGAACCUCUCUUAUGUGGUGUCCAUUUGAUGCCUGGUUAAAACCCCUCUUGAGGCCCUUGAAUGUAUGUAUGGCUUAUAUAUCAGUGCUAACAAAUCUAUUAUUACAGUCAACAUUGAUAGCAGACAUAAAAUAGGGACAUGCUAUGUCAAUGUUUCUCAUAGCUCAAGGACAAGUGAGAGGUUUUAAUGAAGUGUAGUAUUGCAUUGACUGAUAAAUUGAAAUACAUUUUAUACAAGAUAAUAACAAUGUAAGAUGGUGAAUUUAAUAUUGCUGUAUUAUGUGUUCAAUUACUGUCACAAUGACUCUAUGCUGUAUAGAGUAUGUCCGAAGCUGAAAAGUGCUGACAUUUUGUAUGGUAUCAAGGACUUUUUAUAAUAUUUUCCCCAUUAUUUCUUUCUACCUUCAAUAUGCCACGAGAAAGGUAUUCUCAACAUAAUGAAAUGUGUCAACAUCAAAUCAAAUAAAACUUGAACUUAAUAUGGCA